AUGUCUAACCAGUCCACUCCGAACAACAACAAUAAUGACCACUCUAGGAACCGAUCAUCGACUCCGACCUUACUUUCUCCCUCUCUUCAUCUCUCCAUCCCGAACAACAAUAGUAAUAUGCUUCUUUCUACGGGAAUGAACAGUAGUCGAUCGACUUCUUCUCCUCUUCCCUCACCGGGAAGGUUUUCAAGCUCGCCAAUGCCAUCACCCGGUCGUUCGAAUUCAGUUUCUGGUUUUUAUUCACCGAUGCCAUCACCUGGUAGGUAUUCCCCGAUGCCAUCUCCAGGCAGGUUCUCACUGAUGCCAUCUCCAGGUAGAUCAAACACUGUGGGUAAUUUAAAUGCUUUGAAAAGACGAGGAUCGUUCAGUAGAGCCAAUAGUUCAAUGAGUAUUGGCACUAAUCACAGCUCUUCGCAAUCUCUAAUUUCUAUCAAAAUUAAUGACGAAGACAGUACAAUAGCAGAGACUCCAAAUGGAGAAUUACAACCACUCAGUUCGAAAUUUAAAAACAAUCACCAACAGCAGAAAAUGAUUUUUGAUUCUCCACAAAUGGUAGCAACAAUGAAAGAAAUUAAAUCAUACAAAAAAAAUCAAGCUCCAACGAAAGAAACUUUUCGAAAAAUUGCUCAAGAUCUCAAAGAUGAUAAAUUAAUUUCCAAGUUAUCCCGCUUACAUUUAGAUGUCAUUGAAAAGCGUCGAAAAGAAGCAAAGGAGCAAGGUGUGACAUUCCAUGAAUUUGGUGCCACCGGCAAAGUUAUUACAGACGAUGAUUAUGAUGAAUCCUUGGAGUUUAUUGAAAAAGUCGUCAAGCGGUUAGCAGACCAUUUAGAAUAUACAAAAAUUGAAUUAUUUAAAAAACUGAAUGUUGUGAUAACUAAUGAAGAGGAAGACUACUCGAAAAAUUUCAAAAAAACCGUAGUGGAUGUUAUUGAGUCGAAUAAGGAAAAUUCAAAAGCAAAUUCGAAUAUUAUCAAAACAGAUGAGGAAAUUCAACAAUUUUUCGAUGAACAAAUUCAACUUGUCUAUAAAUAUUGGCAGCAAGAAUUUGUGCUUCGAAUGAAGAGCUCACAAACACUCAAAAAAGAGCAAGAACUAAGAAGCAAAGAAAUCGCAAAAGAAGAAGGAAAUCCAAAUUAUGUUGGUAUUGAUCAAUACAGAAAGCUUCAACUAGAGAUGAAGGUGUUAAACUCUCUCAUUGAGCAACGAGACAAACAACUUGAAGAACAAAGAACAGAAUAUUUUAAAGAACUCCUUUCUCUGAAAGAAGAAUUGUUAAAACUGAAUUAUCAAUACUCAGCUCCUUCAUAUUUCCCAGCAAAUUUUGACAAGGUGUUAAACUUGACAUUUCUGGAGGAUGAAAAGGUGAAAGAACUAAAUCAAGUGUUGUUAAAAACCAAGACCAUGCUAACUGAAAAAGAAAACGAAAUUCGAACACUAUUAGGAACCAUCAAUAAUUUUCAAGCUGAGACAUUCGAAAAGCUGAAAAAGAAUCAAAAAGAAUGUGUCGUCGAAAAUUUAAUUGAAACAGCCAAAGCUUUCAAAUUUAAAGCUGACAAAUUUUCAGCCGAUAAUGAAAACCUUGUGUCGCUCGAAAAGUACAACUCACUGCUGCAAAAAUUUGAAAAUAUGGAACGAGAGAACGAUUCACUCAAGAAGGAGAUUGUAUCACUACAAAAUAUUCAAAGAGCUCAAAUGAAUUUAACGACCACCGAUUUAAAGAAGGCAUCUACAUGGCUUACUACCAUGAGCCAGGACUUGUCCUUCACAUCCUUGGGAACUUCAUUUCAUCAUGACUUUAAUGACGAUUCUGAAGACGACUCUGAGCUGCAUUCUAGUAGCGAAGAAGACGAAAUCAAAAAACUCAAAAAGAGGCUCCAAUCUAAAGACAACAGAAUUAUGCAACUUUCUGCUAUUAUUGAAGAGAUGGAAGCCAGGAUCAAAACAAUGCAUGAUCCCAAGCAAUUUAAAGAAGCCAUUAUGAAUCCAAUACGUAAAUUUGAAGCCUACAAAAAACAAAUAGCAGCCCUUGAAUCAGAGACGUUUGUUUUACAAAAGGAGAUUGAUUUAGGAAGUAUAAGAGAAGAAGAACAUAUUCGUUCGAAGAAUAUUCUUUCUCUUAAAAUUGAAGACCUUUCAAGUCGAUUACGAGAUAUGUUCACUUGGAAGGCACAACAAGAAUCUAAAAUGGCAACCUUUUUGAAAGAUUUCGAAAUUAUGAGUGGAAAUGUGGAAAAACAAAAAGACAAGGUUAAGGCCCGUGAUCGAACGAUUGACAAUUUGAAACAACAACUUUCUGAAAUGAAGAAAAAACUGGAGGAAAAACAAGCACCACCACUACCUACUCCAACUCCAACCAUUGUUUCUCACUCUGUGUUUAUGUCGAAUUGCAAAGACAUGGAAACCCAAACAGACACUUCCUUUCUUCCCAAAACACAUUUCAAAACAUUCAAUGACAAUGAUUUAUUGUCAAACGAUGAAAAACAUGACAAGUCCACACAAACUUCUCCUCCUACACUUGAUUCUAUUGAAAUCAAUGUGACCUCUCCAAAAACAACACCAACACUUCCAUUGCCUUCCUCGUCCUUACCAACAACCACUUCCAAAUCUUCACCUAAUAAUGUCUCCACUUCAACGAAGAGCAAUACCACUACUUUAACAAGCUACUCGACCAAACCAUUGGUGGUUUCGAAUGGAACUAAAAAAGCAACAGAAACAAUCAGUAGCACUUUAACAAAGACAACAAAAACUUUAGAAUCCUCUCCACCUGUAAAUAGCUCUUCCACAAACAAUAACUCACUCGGUAAUAGUAGUAGCAUUAGCAGUGGUGAGCAAACUUCUAUUACAUCAACAACACCGAAUACUUCAAGCACUAGCUCUACAACCUCACUGAAUCAUUCAGAUGUCCCACAACAACCCAAACAAGAAGAACCUCCACUUGAUCUGGACGACCCUGAUUUUGCAGUUCGACGAGUAGUAAGAACUGUUAAGAAAAAACAGAGUGAAAUUGCAACUCCUAGCAACAGUCAUGCCACAACAACAACAAUGGACACGAACAGAUCGAAGAAUCCAAUCGAAUUGAAUCAAGACCACUCAUCCAUCGUUAGUGCGGCAGGAUCAUCACUAAAAGACGGCACCUCUUCUUCCGAGGUGAAUCUGUCCACUGCAGCAUCAACCACUGAAAUAGUCACCAUCCCUGAACAACAGUCCAAUCUCUCUCAUGAAAUCUCUCCAACUUUAACUCCACAAACCUCCACUACAAAUUCUCACUCUACCAAAACAUCCACAGACAAGACGACCAACUCUGCAAAUGAUCGAGUGGACAGAUAUGAACAAACAAAAGUAACACAUCAAGUGCACGCUAUCGAUCACAGUGUAAAAGAAGAACCAAAAGAGCAAGUGGAUGACUCUCACAAACAUCAACCUGUCAUCUCGUCCUUAGAAUAUACUCGUGGUGACUCACCCAUAUUCUAUGACAUUGAACACUUCAUCACCAAAGACGAACCUCCAGAGGAACCUGAGGAGGAGAAAGCUCUCCAUCAACACCAGGAAUCCACGUGGUACAAAACUCCAAAAUCAGGUCAUACCCAUCCAAUGAAUCAUGACGACAAACAUGAGAAACACAACAUGCAUCAUUCGAGUACCAGCCAUCACCAAAUUCAUCAUCAUUCCACACAAGAAGACCAUUCCUCAUCUCUUGCAGAACGAAUCCAAAAACAAGCUCGUCUGAAGAAAGUUACAUUUUCUCAUCAUUUAGAUGAUGGAGAGAAAAUGGAGAUUCUUGAGAGUAAAUUCAAAAAGAGAAAUGGAAUGUCUACUUUGGUGGAUCGAGUAUUGGUAAGCCAGGAAGGAAAACAGCUCAGAAUUCAUGGCUAUAAUGAUUAUUAUUAUGAUGAACAUGGUAACUUGGUCUAUGAUCCUAAUCAUAAUCGCACGAAUCAAAACAGUACACAUUCCCAAGACGACAAGCAAGGAGUGAGAGGAGAAGAGACUCACACAAACGAACAAACUCACACAACCUCUGACAAGGGAACCACCAGCACAAAGUUAAAUGUCAUCAUUAGAAAGAAUUUAAGACAAGAUCAACAUUCACCACAAAUACCCAACAACGCUGAGGAAGGUGUUGAACCUCCUCCUGUUGAAGAGGAUCAAGAAGGAAAUAACAACACGUUAAACAAACGUGGCAAGAACACUCCAUAUGGAAUACAUUUUGGAAAGCUGUCCUAUAACAAGUCCUCAACGAUUGAUAACAAGAAUAAUAUGCAUCCAUUCACAGGUCGUUCUCAUGAAGAGGAAAAUCAACCAAGUAAUAACUUUUCGAGAAAUGGAAAUAAUAGUGGAAACAUUAUUCCAAACUCAGUUGUGAGAUAUGGAAAGAAAUAUUUCAACUCGAGAGAUUUAAUGGGAAAUGAUGGUGUAGAUUACCAUUCUGAUCCUUCUACGCUUUAUAUUGGAAAAAAUCCUUACUCAAGCAACAUCACCAACAAAGACACCAACAAUGGCACUUCUAUUCAUUUCGAUGUGAAUUCUCAAUACGCUAUUUCCAAUUUCCCUAACAGAAAAUCACGUCCAAAUUCUUCUCAAUCCAACCAUCAGACUUCGAGCGGUCACAACUCUCCAACUAAGGUCUCACAAAUUUUUGUUUCGCUUGGUCAACAUAUUGAGCACUCGAACUCUCAGAAAGAAAAGCGAUUAAAAGAGUUGAAGCAAGAAGAACAAGAUAAAUUGGAAAAGAUUUUAACGACAUGGAAUCAAAUGUCCAAGGGUCACCCUGAAUCCAUAGAAAAAUUAAAAGAAGAAUAUAUGAAUCAACUAUUGGAAGAAGAGGCACAUUAUUAUGAUAUUAAGGAAUCCAAAGUAGUUUCUCCCUCUAAGAAAGGUGGUAAAUCUCAAUUAUUUGAAAAAGACUAUGCCACAUUCCGAUACAGUAGUAAUGACCUUGUCAACACGUAUCAGUCGUCGAUGCCAUCAUUACUUCCAACGAAUAUCACAUCAGGAACAGAUGAGGACUCGAAGGUUGAGCUCAAUGAUACUACUAUUACUAUCAACAAUGUGAACACUCAAGAUACUACUGCCAUCAACGCCGAGAAGUGCAACGAUCCUGCAGGGUCAUCAACCAUAGAAUUCGAUUUGAGUGAUGAACGAGCAAAUCCCACCGAAAUGAUCAUGAGACCUCUGUUGAAAAUCAAGCGUUAUCAAUCACCUCCGAAAUCGAAUGGUGAAAAUAUUUCCAACAACAGCUCUUUGGACAUGACGACACAUUCAUAUGAUCAGAUGCUUUCCAUGUAUAUGAAUCAGCAACAACAACAAAAUUCUUCCCCUUCAUCGUCACCUUCAAACCUUAAUAGAAUGCAAUCCUCUUCUUCCACAUGUACUGUUACUUUGCAUCAAGCGAUACCCAUCAAUCACAAUCCAACACUCAUUUCCACAAACUCAAAAAGUCUUCCAUCCGUCAUUCCUACUGCAACCAACACGAUUGGUCUCACGAAUAUCACCACAACACCCAGAAUUGGAGCCGUUAAGGGAAGAAGAAUUACACCAACACCUCCUCCAACUUGUCAUUCAAUGUCAAGCACGACGAAUUCAUCGACGACUCAUGCAUCCUCUCUGGCUCCUCUUUCAAGUCGAGAAUCAAGAAAAUCAUCGACCGCUCCCUAUGUCAUAUCGAGAAGUAAGAGCGCCAUGGGUAGUAUUCGAGAACGAGAUUCAUCAAGCACCUCAACUCGUAAGAAAAUCAAAACCUCAGAUUCAGUGCCCUCUCUGAGAAGUAGUAUGCCAACAAGUGGUCGAUCUGUUUCUGUGGCUGAUGAAAGAGAAAUUUCAAAAAGAAAAUUGAAGAGUCUAGUAGGUCAGUAA